AAAGGGUACGGAGUUUAAACUCGCGAAGAAGCGACAAAAUAAAAUAUAUUCAAUUAAUUAGCUUAUUGUUCAGCAUUUUUAAUAGGAACAUAUGAUGGCAGAUGAUAGUGAUGUUGAUGAAAAUGAUAAAAAUGUUGGAUUUCUUUAUAGAGCAAUGAGAAAUAGGGACCCUGGUAAAAGACGUGUGAAACCUGUGCAGAAACAUUUGAUACAAGUUAACUUUGGUGGAGAUGAUAGUGAGAAUGACAGUGACUAUCAUGUCAAAAACUCAGAUCUGAGUGAUGAUGAUGAACAAGAACUGGAAACAGAUGAAGACCGUGAUGGUGACAAUGAUGACAGUGAUGAUAAAAAGAAAGAUGAAAAUGAUAAUGGACCUGUAUUAUCAUCCAAAAGUGAUAUAUCAGAUGAUGAUAGUUUGAGUAGUGAUAGUAGUGAAGACUCCAGUGAUGAUGAGGGAAGUGACGAUAGUGAUAACGGGAAACAACGGAGAAACUUACUGGACGUGAUCAACACAGAUGAUGAUGAGGAUGACGAAGAUUACGUCCCGAAGAAGAAACAAAAACACAUGGAGAAACACGUAGAGAAACAGAGAAUACGAUCUCCUGAUGUGGUGCCAAACGAUAUACAGGAAGAGUCCACAAGUUCUCAUCCAAUGAAAGUGCUCAUUUGUUGUGUAUGUUUGGGAGAUAUUAGUGAGACGGAUGAUGAGAUUGUGGAAUGUGACAACUGUGGUGUUGCUGUUCAUGAGGGUUGCUAUGGUAUCAGUGAUAACCAAUCAAUAGCCAGCACGGAAUCCUCGGCUAGUACCGAACCCUGGUUCUGUGAUGCUUGUAAAGCUGGUGUGAAGCCGGAUUGUGAAUUGUGUCCAAAUGAAGGAGGAAUAUUUAAAGAGACAGAUGCUGGGAAAUGGGUACAUCUUGUGUGUGCUCUAUACACCCCAGGGGUAGCAUUUGGAGAUGUGGACAAACUGUCACCUGUUACUUUAUUUGAAAUGCCAUACUCAAAGUGGGGAUUAAAGGAAUGCUCACUAUGUGAAGAUUCAAGGUUUUGUAAGACGGGUGUAUGUGUGAGUUGUGAUGCUGGAAUGUGCCGAAGUUUCUUCCAUGUUACAUGUGCACAAAGAAAUGGAUUGUUGUCCGAGGCAUCUCCAGAUGAGGAUAUAGCUGACCCAUUUUACGCUUACUGUAAGCUACAUGCUGAUAAGAUAACAUCUAGAGCUAAACGUAGAAACUUCCUCGCCAUACAAAGCCAUGUGAGACAGCACACUGCACAAAGCAUACCAGAUGAAAAGGAGAAGGCAAGAUUUAAAAGAAAAUUAAACAAACAUAGACAAAGAUAUAUGUUAGCAAAAGCUGCUAGACCUCCAUCAUGGGUGCCCCCUCAGAAGAUGAUAAGAUAUCUCACCUCUAGUCCGUCUGCUGUGAAGAAAAUGUUGAGGAAGGCAGAACUCAUGGGCAUUAUAACACAGUCUCACCAUGUGGUACAUACAGCAGAGAAACAAGAGAGGAAGAAAUCCCAUACAGGACCAGCUUUCGCUGCCGACUUUGUCACCUAUUAUCUAGAUCGCAAUGUGAAGAUAGAGAAAAUGAAGUCAGAUUUGAAGGAACUAGAAAAACAGAAUGCUAAACUGCGGAAACAAGAUAAUGCAUUGAGACAACAGUAUGACAAGCUGUUGAAGCAGACAGAGAAACCCCAUGAUCCAAGCAGUAAACUGAGAAAGACUGGUGAAGAUAUAUGGGCUAUACUUAAUGCACUGGCUGGAAAGCCCAUGCCACUACCUGAGAUUUUCAGGCAGAAGAAAGUGAGCAAAUCACCUGCAAAGAAAGAAGUUCUUAAAUCUCCUUCUGCUGUCAUUAAACAAUGUGGUACAUGUGGGAAGUCACAUGAUCAGCACCUGUUGGCUAGAUGUGACAAGUGCAGACUGUGGUAUCACCUGGGAUGUCUUAAUCCACCACUUACCAGAAUGCCAAAAAAAUCCAGUAGAUGGGGAUGGCAAUGUUCUGAAUGUGGAGACAGCAGUAGUGAGGAAUCUGAAGAACCUUCCAAUGUUGAUAUAGAUGCUCCACGGCGACUCCGUGAGAAAAUUAAAGAACCUGCAAAGUUCUCCAGAGCACAGCAAGAUAUGGAGUUUUUAUUCCCUAACAUGCAUGGUCGUCAAGACAAAAAGAAGAAAAUGGUCAAAGGACGUAUUAAAAAGAAACCUGAAAAGAAGAAAGCUGAGUCGGAGGAGAGACAGAUAGACGGCAAUAAACCAAAACCCGAGGAAUCGAGCGUGAGUAGCCCUCCUCAACCGGAACCCUCACCAGCAGCCUCUUCACCAGCAAACCGUUCCUCUGCCGAGCCUUGUCAAGACGAUCAGUCAAAAGCACCGUUCUCCCCUGCGAAACAACAACCACCAGAUGAGAUAGUGAUUAGUGACGAUAGUUCGAUGGAAGUUGAAAUCAAAAUUGUCGAGGAAACAACGCCAAUACAUAGGCAGUUAACUUCAUUUCAUGAAGUAUCAAGGAAAGGUCGGAAGAUUAUCAAGAAAAGACAUUAUGAUGAUGAUGAAGAUGACAGUGACACAUCACCAAAACAGCUGGCAACGGGCAGAAAAAUAACGCCUGAGAAAGAUGGAGGAAAAAAGGUACCAUCAAAAACGCCCACUCAAAAGCCGACUCAGUGUGUCACAUGCUCAGAGACGGGGAGCAGAAAAACUAUGGUCCAGUGUGACAGUUGUGAGCAGUGGUACCAUCUAAAAUGUCUUGACCCUCCAUGUACACGAACACCUAAACAACGGGGAUAUACCUGGUUCUGUGAAGCCUGUGAUAACUCAGACGAUUCUGAGGAAGACGAGACUGAAGAUAAAACAUGAGCGUAAAUGUCCUCUGUCCUAGAAAACUAUUUCCACAUAGCAUUAUGAACAUUGUGCUGUCACCAGUGACUUUCAUAUCAUCAAGUACCAAAAUGUGUUCUACAGUUAUUAUAUGUGUAGAUUUCACUACUGAUGCAAAAUAAUUGUAGAUAGGAUAAGUCUGUUAAUCCCAUGUUGGAAUUAAUCAACUUUGAAAGUACAUGUAUUGUUAUUUGGUGUUUUUGAUAUUCUCUUGACAGCAACCAAAGAAAAAAGUGUAUUUACUUUCAUAAUGUUCUCUGAAUAAAUGUUUUCAGAGAAUCAAGUAGUUCCCAGUGAGCCCUUCUAUUCUUUAUACUUUUAUACUGGCAAGUUAAAACUUGUAUUCUUUCAACACACUUGUUUAUCUCUUUUCAUGACAGUUUCAUUUAUUGACUGAUUACUUACAGGUUUGGGCUAUAUUAAGGUCGUGGUAUAUCAGUUAUUGCAAUAUUUUCCCCUCAUGAUACAAUAAACGGAUGUAAUUUUGAAAAACUGGUAAAAUACUGGCAUGAUUCUGCACUGAAAAGACAAUCUACAGGGAAGGAGAUUUGCCAUGCUUAUUCAGAUUUCACUCUUUCAAAAGCUCAAAAAGAGGUCAAUUUUGCCAAAAAUUUGUUUAGAUAUUUGGUAUCUUUCACCUACUUCCACCAUUGAGGUCAAUUGGUUGAAGAUGACUGGGGGGUUAUGAAUAGAUUUUUUUUCUACUUUUCAUCUAUGAACCUUUAUUUACUGAAAUUAGAAAU